AUGGUGGCGCCUGCGCCUUCGGAGCAGCCGCGAGACUCCCUGCAACUUCACAUCGUCAACUUUAACUUCGAAACGGUGCAGGUGACGUGGAACGCAAGCCAGUUCCCGGCGGCCAAUCUGACGCUGCUGUACCGCCUCACCGGGGACCCGGCUUACAGCCGGUGUGCCCACUACAUUCUGCGACGCGGCCGCACAGCCGGCUGCCUGCUGGCCGCACGAGGGGACUUGAUCCUGAGCCUGUCCCUCUGGGACGGCGCGGCUUCUCUGUUCAACCAGACCUUGUGGACCAGCGACUUCUGGCGUCCCCAGCCCCAUGAGCCGCCAGAGGAAGCGUCGGCAGAGGCAGAGGGACGCGCGUCCGAGCAGCCCUGGCCCCGUCAUUUCGGGCGCGUGCGGUGCCCGUGUCGGCCGCGGUGGCCAUCACGGUGCCGUGUCUCGUCCCCAGUGAAACCCAGCUCCCCGACGCAUCUGAGCUUCCAGUGGCAUCAGGACUCGGUGACGGUGACGUGCUCUAACCUGUCCUACAGGGGUCUGCUGUACGAGGUGCAACUCCGCAGCACGUUCGACACCGAGUGGCAGUCCAGGGAGGAGGAGGCGUGCCACGUCACCGUGGGGGGCCUGGACGCUGACAAAUGCUAUUUCCUGCGGGCCAGAGUGAGAACAGAGGAGUCCAGCUACGGCCCGGACACCUACCCCAGCGACUGGUCAGAGGUCGCACACCUGCACCGGGGCGAGCUGCGAGAGUCGUGUCAGGACCGAGCGUUCUCCCCGAAGUUCGUCUCGAUGUCCGCCGCGGUCGUGGUCCUGACGCUGCUGCUGCUCCUGCUGUUUCUGUGGAAGCUGCGCAGCGUGAAGGAGCUGGUCAUGCCCAGUGUGCCGGACCCCAAGGCCUCCUUCCCGGGGCUGUUCGAGGCGCACCGCGGGGACUUCCAGGAGUGGAUCCACGACACGCAGAACGUGGCCGUGCCGAGCAAGGUGGAGCCCGGGGAGCUCGCGUGUGUCCUGGAGGACGCACCAGGGGUCCCGCUGCCCACGGCCCAGGCAGCCACGCAGCGAGCACCUGCCUCACCAACGCCCGCCCACCCCCAGCUCUGCAGCCGAGAGGGGCGAGGCCCACGUGGCCGGAACGCACAGAUUUCGUCCUCGGAGACCCCGCCUGAGCCUGACCGCGGACUCCGGACCUCGGUCUGCGUCUGA